UAUUCUUUCACCCGUUUAAUCGUCAUAUCGUAAUCGCUUGCGAACUUCGUCAACCCCCUUCUUGUCGAUCUUCAAUCUACACUAUCGGCCAAUCAGCUUUAUCGGAGGUUGAUACGGACCCAACUGUGGGGGGGAUCACUAAUUAAAACUGCUCAAGCGAUAUGAUAACGGUGGUAAAGCAAUUGAAAACAUUCAACCAACUGCAAAUCCGUCCGCCCCACUGCCGGUCAGUCAUCGCUUAGCUGGUGUGUUCUACAGACAUGGACAUGGAAAGUGAAGCCGACCUGUUCGAGUCAGCGAACCAAAAACGCUCGAAGCGCGAUGCACAAAUCUCCCCCUGGUGGUUGCUCGGUCUGUCCGCUGCGGUGGCCGGAGUCUACUUUCUCGUCUACUGGAACUGGGCGGCGAUGCCGAUCGCAUUGCGCCGUGCGGAUGAACUAACGCACCCGGACCGCUUCAUAGCGGAGGUGGCCAAGCAGCAUCUGUUCGAGAUGAGCAACGUUGGACCGCGGGUGGCCGGCAGCUACGCCAACGAAAUAGUCACCGUACAGUUUCUGCUUCGUGUUAUUAACGAAAUCGCCGCCGAAGCUAACCCCGCCGCACAUCGCGUUGAGGUGGAGGUGCAGCGCGCGUACGGUGAUAUGUAUCUCGACUACGAAAAGUACCCCCAGACGAGCGUGUACCAGGGCAUUCAGAAUGUGGUGGCCCGGAUCGUGCCGGCGCAGGGCAGCGAGCCGGACCACUAUCUGAUGCUCAGCUCACACUUCGAUAGCGUCCCGCAGAGCCCCGGAGCCGGGGACGACGGGACCAUGAGCGUUAUAAUGCUGGAAGUGAUGAGGCAGCUGGCCCAAGGCAAGCGAUCGUACGAGCAUGGGCUGGUGUUUGUGUUUAAUGGCUGCGAGGAGAACACACUGCAAGGAUCGCACGCGUUCGUGGCGCAUCAUCGGUGGUUCGCCAAGGUGCGAACGUUCAUCAACAUGGACGUGGCGGCGAACGGUGGACGGGACAUAAUGUUUCAAGCUGGACCCAAGUACUCGUUCCUCAUGGAAUACUAUCGCGAUCAUGUUCCCCAUCCGUACUGUACCGCGGUAGCGGAGGAACUGUUCCAGGCGGAUCUAGUACCAUCGGAAACGGAUUACUUAAUCUACUCGACCGUCGGCAAUAUACCGGGCAUGGAUUUCGCUCACAGCACCUGGGGCUAUCUGUACCACACGGCGUACGAUGCGUACGACACCAUACCGAACACAACGCUACAGCACACUGGGGACAAUGUGCUAGCAUUGGCCAAAGCGCUUGCCAACGCACCGGAGCUGUACGACAUCCGUGAGCAUGAGGGCAGUAAGGCUGUUUUCUUCGACUUUCUCAACUGGUUUCUCGUGUACUAUCCACUCUGGGCAUCGAUCAUACUCAAUGUUGGCCUGGUGGUUGUUGCUCUGUGUGCGAUCGGUUUGUCCGUGUGGAUGAUGGCACGCCGCACGAGCCUAACGGUGGGUCAACUGCUGCUACAGGGUCUUACCAGUAUGGGGGUCGUGCUGCUGUCCCUCAUUGUCGGUAUUGGACUGUCGCUGGCGCUUGCCGCCAUUCUGAAUGCUGUCGAUUCCACAAUGAGCUGGUUCACUCAAACUUGGUUGAUCUUUGGACUGUACGUCUGUCCCUUUUUGAUUGCAACCUGCACUGGACCGUUGUUGUAUAUUCAUUUCGUAAAAAAUGAUCACCUAUCACUGCACGCCCGAGUUCAGCUUUUACUGCACGCCACUUGUGUCCUGUACGCGUUGAUACUGGUCGUACUGACAGCUAUGAGCAUCCGAUCGGGCUAUCUCUUCACAAUGGCCAUCCUGUUCUACACCGUCACGACGCUGGUGAACGUAUCGAUCAAGUAUGCGCCCUUCGCCUGGCUGUAUGUGCACCUCGCCGGACAGAUUGCACCGAUCGCGUACUUUAGCUCCGUUUCCCUCACCGCCUUUGCCACCUUUAUCCCGAUGCAGGGACGCGGCAAUGCAGGGGCCAAUCCGGAACUGCUGAUCGCAUUAUUUGCCGUGCUAGUGGGACUGCUGGUGGCAGGGUUUCUCACCCCACUGGUAGCGUUAGCACGCAAAGCGUACCUUUACAUCGCGUUAGUUGCCGUCUUUUUCGUGGUGUCGAUCGUCGUGAUGGUAACGUCGGCAGGGUUUCCCUUCCGAGCACACACUUCACCGCAGCGCUUUUACAUCUACCAUUGUACAAGAGAGUUUUACCAUCAGAAUGGUACGCUGAGACGAUUGGAAGGAGGCUACUACGUUCAUCCGCAGGACCGUUACACGGGCGAUCUUAUCCGCGAGCUGGCAGUCAAGUCCGACCUAUCCGCCGUACCGCUGGGGGAUGAGUGUGACAAGGAGCUGUACUGUGGUAUACCUUUCUAUCAAAACACCCAGCACGGACAGCGCGAAAACGGCCUUUGGAUACAAGGCAACCCAUUCACCCUGCCCGAAGCAAUUGAUCUACAGCUAGUGGACAGUCAACGUGAUCCAGAGCUCAACAUUACUACGUUCUUUUUCACGGCAAAAGGCACAGAUCACAUGAGCUUCUACGUUUCUCCCGUGGAGGGCGUGAAAUUAGUGGGCUGGAGCUUCAGCAAGACCAUUCCUCGCAGUGGGCUGGCCUGGAAUGGACAGGAGGUGCACUUCGUUAACUUUGUGCAUGGAAUCGAUGAUCGUCCGCACGAGUUCUAUCUUACGGUGCAUGGUACGGCUAGCAAGGCGGCGGAAGCGGGUUGGAGCUUUUACCUUAACACAGUGGCACAGUACAUGCACCAUGAACAGUAUCGUGCUAGCGAGUUUCAGCAAUUUGUCGAUCAAUUUCCCGACUAUGCGCAUGUAGUUGCCUAUCCCGCUCAUCUCGUUAGCAGAAUAUACUGAUCGAGAAGAGGGGAAGUUGGUAGACUGAUAAACGGGUUGAAUUGAAUAAAAGAAAGUUAUGUUUGAAUUGAAUACGAAACUAAUUGCGUUACGUAAAGAGUGAGAAAGUGUUGGACAACUGACUGGCUGUGGCUUUUGUCCCAUUAUUUGUGGCUUGAUCGGGUGACAAGUGAUGCGUGAACCAGUAGCAUUCGUUCAGCGAUCACUAUUACGAUGCACUUGCCGCAUGCCAAAUUGUGCCGGAUUUACCACAGACCACGCACAUUCCCAGUGGUACAUUUGACUGUGUCUCAGUUUUCUUCAAAUACGGUGUAGCUUGAACGUCUGCCACUAUUACCGUACGAACACUUCACCUGGCAAGAUGUAUUUCACCUUAAACCGUUUAAUGGUAAGUAAACAAAUCCGAAACAAUUUCGCUCAAAUCACUCACAUCUUUGUGCUUUACAGACGCUCCUCACGUUGCUUGCCUCCGUCGGCUGGAUCACAUCUUCUGCAGCACACAAAGUUUUUCACAAAAGAAACACCUACAAACACAUUCCACGGCGGGUGGAGAUGAGAGUUUACCGUGGUCCCAUAGACCAUUACACUGGUU